UUUUUACAGUUGCGACCUUCAGUACCUAUCGCAUGUCUUUUAAGAAUUUCCUCAGCCAGGGAACAGAUUCGUUGGUUUAAGAGUAACCGUAAAGGACCUACAAGAGCUUUUGCCAUCCACUGAUUAAAGAACUAAGCCUCGUCACACUCUCGCCACCUAGAUGGGGAAACUGAGGCAAACAGGUUAAAGGAUCCCUCCUGGGCUGUGGAGUGUGUUGAUGUCUGUUCCCAUUCCCUAGGCAUGUGCACAGACUACUAGACUUCACUGCUCUGGCUGCAGCAGGGAGGUGGGAUGCCCCUUUGGCAAUCUGUCACUGCCAACCUGAGCUGCAUCCUUUCACUGAGUAUUUUCUAAGCUGACUGACGGUCCUUAAAACAAGUAUGCAGUUAAUCUGCUAAGAGAUGGAGGAAGCUAGUUUGUGCCUUGGUGUUUCUUCAGCUGUGCCAGAAGCUGAUGCCCAUCUCAAUAGCACCAUACUCAAUGGGCAGUAUUCAAUGAGCCAGAAGCUGCACCAGAUCACUUCCCAGCUCAGCCAUGCUUUCCCGGAGCUCCAGAACAGGCAGAAUCCAGAGGAGAAGGCGUCAGCACCACUAGAAGACAAAAGCCACAUGUCCAUAGCAAACCAGCCCAUCAGCAGUCAGAUGGCACUGUUGGCAAACCAGCUCAAUAGAGAGGUUGACACCAGUUUGAAUGGGCGUGUGGAUCUGCAGCAGUUCUUAAAUGGACAAAACCUAGGGAUUAUGUCUCAGAUGAGCGAUAUAGAGGAUGAUGCCAGGAAAAACAGAAAGUACCCAUGUCCCCUCUGUGGGAAACGCUUUCGAUUUAAUAGCAUCCUGUCGCUACACAUGCGAACUCAUACUGGAGAGAAACCAUUUAAGUGUCCAUACUGUGACCACAGAGCAGCUCAGAAAGGAAACCUGAAGAUACACCUGCGUACUCAUAAACUUGGAAACCUUGGCAAAGGCCGUGGAAGAGUCCGAGAAGAAAACAGACUUUUACAUGAGCUGGAGGAGAGAGCAAUUCUUCGGGACAAACAGAUGAAGAGCAGCCUCUUGCAGCCACGACCUGAUGUGAAAGCACAGCAGCACACCCAGCCAAUGCCUCUCGCAAACUGUAACUUGUCUGUGCCAGCUAAUCACAGCACACCUGAUAUUUCAAACCCUGUUCCCUCUCCAAAGCCAGUCAGUGUCCAGGAAGAAGUUGUCGCUCAGACAGCUGGGUUCAGAUGCACGUUUUGUAAAGGCAAGUUUAAGAAGCGAGAAGAGCUGGACAGGCACAUACGGAUCCUGCACAAGCCUUACAAGUGUACUCUGUGUGACUUUGCUGCCUCGCAGGAGGAGGAGCUGAUUAGCCACGUGGAGAAGGCUCACAUAACUGCAGAGUCAGCACAGGGCCAGGGCUCCAAUGGGAAUGGGGAGCAAUCCACCAAUGAGUUUCGUUGUGAGGUGUGCGGCCAAGUGUUUAGCCAAGCUUGGUUCCUAAAAGGCCACAUGAGAAAGCACAAGGAUUCCUUUGAACACUGCUGUCAGAUCUGCGGGAGGCGAUUCAAAGAGCCUUGGUUUCUUAAAAACCACAUGAAAGUUCACCUGAAUAAGUUAUCUGUAAAGAACAAAUCUCCUAAUGAUCCUGAAGUACCUGUCUCCAUCAGCAGCAUGUCCCAGGAAGCUCAUGCAAACUUAUAUUCAAGAUACCUGUCAUGUUUGCAGAGUGGGUUUCUUCCUCCUGACAAAGCGAGUUUAAGUGAACAAAAUCAAAUCUAUAACAAAGGAGAUAUGCCCAUGAAAGAGAAAGAAGUCUUGGGGAAGCUCCUUUCACCGAUUUCUGGCAUUGGCCACAGUAUUGCUGAAGGGGAUAAACAUUCUUUAUUGGGCUGUCUCAAUCUGGUGCCUCCUCUGAAAUCCAGCUGUAUAGAAAGGUUACAAGCUGCUGCCAAAGCGGCAGAGAUGGAUCCAGUAAACAGCUAUCAGGCCUGGCAGCUUAUGGCAAGGGGAAUGGCCAUGGAACAUGGCUUUUUGUCUAAAGAGCAGCAGAUACAGCACAGCCAUGAAGACACUUUGGCAAAUGCUGGAGUUAUAUUUGAUAAGGAGAAGCGGGAGUAUGUGUUAGUAGGAGCAGAUGGCUCUAAGCAGAAAAUGCCUGCUGAUUUGGUUCACAGCACUAAAAUGGGCAAUCAGAGAGACCUGCCAAACAAACUAGACCCUUUAGAAGGCAGUAGAGAUUUUUUGUCACAUGGUAUGAACCAGGGACUCGAUUACAACUUACAAAGUCAUGGAAACGUAAAAGAAAAGCCAACUGAAUGCCCAGACUGUGGAAGGGUUUUUAGAACAUACCACCAAGUGGUUGUUCACUCCAGGGUCCACAAAAGAGACAGGAAAGGAGAAGAUGAAAUAAUUCAAGGUAGUCUUGAUGAGCGACGUGGGUCUGGAAGUGAUCAAGAGUCUCAGUCUGUCAGCAGGUCGACAACACCAGGGUCCUCUAAUAUUACUGAAGAAAGUGGAGUAGGUGGGGGUCUCUCGCAGACGGGGAGUGCCCAGGAGGACAGCCCACAUCCUUCCUCACCCUCCUCUUCAGACAUUGGAGAAGAAGCUGGGAGAUCUGUAGGAGUCCAGCAGCCAGCUUUACUGAGAGACAGGAGCCUUGGUUCUGCCAUGAAAGACUGCCCAUAUUGUGGAAAAACUUUCAGAACGUCACAUCACUUAAAGGUCCACUUGAGAAUACAUACAGGUGAGAAGCCUUACAAGUGUCCGCAUUGUGAUUACGCUGGUACUCAGUCUGCAUCCCUCAAAUACCACUUGGAACGGCACCAUCGGGAGCGGCAGAAUGGAGCAGGACCACUCUCUGGGCAGACUGCAAGUCAAGAACACAAAGAUGAGACAUCAAGUAAAAGUUCAGUGUUUAUUAGACCAGAUAUAUUGAGAGGAGCCUUCAAGGGGCUUCCCAGUAUUGAUUUCCGAAGUGGCAUGGUCUCACAACAGUGGACAUCAGGAAUGCUGUCUUCUGGAGAUCAGCAAGGACAAGCAGCUGGCAUGUCAUCUGAAGUAUCUUCAGAAAAUAUGAAGGGUUCAGACAUAUCUUCCAAAGGAACGCACUUCUCUGAACUUGGCCGUGCUUACCAGAACAUGGUUGGGAAUGGUGUGAACUUUCAAGGGUCUUUGCAAGCUUUCAUGGACAACUUUGUCCUAAGUUCCUUGAAGAAAGAAAAAGAAAUGAAGGAUAAAGCUCUCUCAGAUCCACUUUCAGCAAAAGCUCUGGGCUCAGAUGGUGGCGAGGAAAAGAUAAAUAGCAAGUCCUCACAGCGAAAAACAGAGAAGUCACAAUAUGAACCUCUUGACUUAUCCGUAAGGCCAGAUGCAGCCUCCCUUCCAGGUUCAUCUGUUACUGUGCAAGAUAAUAUUGCUUGGCAUGGCUGCUUAUUUUGUUCCUUUACAACUUCGUCUAUGGAACUAAUGGCACUGCACCUCCAGGCCAAUCACUUGGGCAAGGCUAAACGUAAAGACAACAUCAUAGGGAACAACAAAGACCAAUCUAGAGAAGCCUCAGCCUCGGUUAAUAAAGUGAGCUUGCUCCCCUCUUCUGUGCAGUCCAGCAAGGAGGCGGUAGUUUCAAACAUGCUGAGCCAGCUGGACUCAGCUUCUGAGAAAAUGACCCAAGGACAAAAUAAAGAGACACUGGGAGAGCAAAAGAGCACUGCCUGGCCCAGCCACAUGGAAUCUACUUUUUGUAAUUUUACAACAGACUUCUAUAAGCAGUUUGGUGUUUAUCCUGGUGUUAUUGGCACGGGAACACAAAAUUCCUGCACCAGUAAUGAAUCCGAAGUAAAAACACAGUCCGAAGAUGACCCAAAUGUUCUGCUCUCUGACUCUGUAAAUAAAAGUGCUACUGAUGACCUUUCUGACAUAGCUUCAUCUGAGGAUAUGGAAUCUUCCAAGGAAGAAAACAUUGAAGAUGAGGACAUUGACACAGAACCAGAUAUUAUGAAUAAGAAGUUGUCUGCCCUAAAUAAAGAAAGCAGUGAAGGAGGUGACAAUAUACAAAGUGCAGCCACCUCACAACCGACACAAGGGCUUGUAUCACCACUGCCACAAGUGUCAGAAAAGCAAUGGCACAGUCAGAAUCUUCUAUCCUCCCAUGAAACUGCACAAGGAGUGAUGAAACCCGAACAAGUUCAGGGUCCACAGGUCCUGGAGAAGCAGAUGAACAUGUUGUCAGUCCUAAGAGCUUACAGCUCUGAUGGCUUAGCAGCCUUUAAUGGACUUGCAAGUAGCACAGCAACUAGUGGAUGUAUCAAGAGACCUGACUUGUGUGGUCACAGGCCUUUCCAGUGCAGAUACUGCCCGUACAGUGCCUCUCAGAAGGGAAAUCUGAAGACCCAUGUUCUCUGUGUCCAUCGCAUGCCUUUUGACAACAGCCAGUAUCCUGACCGCAGGUUCAAGCGCUCCAGAGUUGACUCCGAAGCUUCUGGGAAUUUGGAGGAACCUGCAGCUGUCAAACCAGGGAGCUCAGCAGAGCUAACGGAGGAGGGCAGCGAGGCCCAGGAGUGAUGCAGCUGGGCAGUUCCGUCUCCACACUGCAGCAGCCUUUUACACUGGGUUUAGAUGUGCUUUUGGGUGAGGGUCAGCUAACUGCCUUCCAAGGGAAAGAAUUGCAAAUUCCCAGAAGUGUACAGGAUGCUGAAAACAUGCAAAUAUAUGUAUAUGUACAUGUACACACACACGUGCAUAUAUAUAUAUAGACACACAGAGAGAUAUUCAAUCAUACACUCAUUAAAUAUAUAUCUACAUACACACACACAAAAUACACACAUUCCAUACGUGUGUGCAUGUUUAAAUAUAUAUAUAAACCAGAUGCAAAAUAAACUUCCAGCCCUUGAAAAUGGCUGCUAAACUGUUACCUGGCAACAAGUACUUCCAAACAAUGUAGGUGGGAUAAUAAAGUGAUUUAAAAAUGUUAGGAGGUUAGUUGUUUAAAAAGCAGGGUGAUUUCAAACUUUAAAGUGGUCUUUGUCCAAAAAUAAUGCUCUUAACAGAAAAAUGAUACUGUUUAAACAAUUUAGUGUUGCCUUGAAGAUUGAGGGGCUGUGUUUUCAUUGUUGAAAACACCUUUAUAAUAUGACACCAGCUGCUGUCAUUUGCCUAGCAUAGUAAUGAGAUGUGUUGGUAGACUGCCAUGGUGCCAGUCUGACUGGAGCUGUCAUUGCAGAGAAAAUCAAUUCAAGUGGUGUUGCAACUGCAGUAUAGGAGAAACCUUAGAUGGCCCAUAAGCUAGGGUCAGUACUGACCUAUAUUGAAAAGUAUUGUGAUAUUACAUUUUCUUUUUUUCUCUUUUUUAAAUAUACAGCCAAAUGUAUCAAUGGUUAGAAAAAAUCUGCAGCCUGAUGUGUGACUGCCGAUUUGAAUUGUAAUUCCAUUUUUUGUAAUCAUCUUGCAGUAUUGAGGGAAAUGCUUUUAUUCUGUUUAUUUUUUUCCCUUGUUGAUGAAGAAGUAAGUUGCUAUAAAAGUAGAAUUACAAUAUAUAGAAUAUUGUUUAGUGAAACUAGUCAGCCUUAUCCGUAGAAGGUGCUGGUGAGAAACAAAAUUUUAUUACAUAGAGGUUGGUAAUUUUUUUUUCUUCCUCUGUUUUUUUCUUUUCUUGUUGUUUUCUUUCAAAUGCCCUUUAAAUCCCCCCCCCCCCCCCCCUUUUUUUUUGUUUUUAUGCUUGAAUGAAGGAUUCCCCAGUCAUGGUUAAUUUUCAUGUGUUAGUUUUCAUAAGUGUUACAGACAUAGUGCAGAAGUUUCUUCUGGAGAAAGCUCUUAUAAAGUAGCUUUACCUAAAAUAUGAAUCCAAACUUCCUGCUCUUUGUCUCUAAUGAAGAAAAGUGUUUUAGCUGAUAUUUGUUUGGUUUUGUAAAACAAAUGUGUUCUAUAUUUUUGCAGAUUUUAGCUUUUUAAUGAUUGGAUGCUCCAAAAUUAGUAAAGCGUUUGCCACAUAGGAAGCUUUUGAGAGACUGUAAUGAACCACAUACCUAAAAAAAUGUAAGAAAAAUAACUGAAGGUUUAUUCUGAAAUUCUCUGAAUGGCAUAAAAUUUUAGCCUUCUAAUGUACUCCCUUUGAUAGAAGCAAAAUUGGUGCUGUUUAUUGUGAUGGUAGAGGAGUAUUAACUUCUUCUGAAAAAAAAUCAUGCAGACUUAAAGAAAAAAAAGAAAAAAAAGUUUAAAAAAGUCAAUAUUUCUUUGCAGGCUGGGAGCACAGAGUAAAACCCCAGGGCCUUAAAACUUCAGCUCUGCCUAAAGCAGUUUACAAAAAAUACUGAACUGCAAUCAAUGUAAAUAAAAUUCUUAGCGCUACCCUGAGAAUGGAAAAAAAAAUCUCAGGCUAAUAAGGAAUACGGUUUGCAUAUGCUGUCGGAAAGGAUGUCAUCCAACUGAAGUUUCAGUUUAAAUGAGGUCACUGUGUAACUUGGACCCAUCUGGCACAGAGCAAGCUGCUUUUCUUGUUUUUCUAGUAUAGUUCUCACUGCCUUACUUAAAUCGAGUUGAUAAACUUAAUGCAACUGUUUCUAUGAUCCUAGAUAAAGGAUUGAAAUGUUAUUGAAACUUUCUGACUGUAGUAAGCUUUAGGAUUUUAACUGCACUACUGUGUUUGGUGACUGUGUCAGUCGCUUGCUUUUGUGUGUUUGCGCCGCCUUCAGUAUCUUAGCAAAAAAAAAAAAAGAGGAAAAAAAAAACACGAAACCACCCCCCACAUUCCAUUUCUUGCACUUUUUGAGCUCUUUCAGUAUUCUUUUGUGUCUUCUGAGCAUUUUCAGAUACGACAGGCAAUAAUUCUGUUUGUGACACUGGAAACAUCUCCCGGUCCUUGUGAUGUGUGUGUUGAUUCCAUUUGGUCGGGUGCUACUGUCCCUAUCCUCCCCUCUGACAUAGCCCUUUUUUCCAGAACAUUUGUAACUUGUAAUACAAACAAGUGACAGCAGCAGUGAUGCAUUGUCAGUUUCUGAAUAUCAUCAUGCUUCUCAUAUCUAAACAUGUCAAGUUUUUUCUCUGUAACUUCUGUAGUCUGUGAUACUGGUCAUAAUACUGUCUACAUUCCUACACAAAGAAAAAUUUCUAUCUUGGAGGAAAUCUGAGAUCAAUAGAGUAGAGGAUUUUGUUGCUAUGCUUGUAACAAUUAGAAAACUUUGUAUUUAAAGUUUAUUCUUGGUCAUUAUUUAUUAUUAUAAUACAUCAGUUGACAGAACUUUAUUCUGGUAUAGAAGUAUUAAAAGUUGUUUUUUCAGCAAUGACUGUUUUCUUUCUGCUGUUAGAAUAAAAACGUCUUUGAAGCAGUACAGUUUUAUCCAGUGUUUUACGCAAUAAAACCUCUACCUCUGAAAAAAAGUUUUCCUACUUGCUUAUGUUUAUUAGGAACCGUUAAAACGUUAUUUUCUGCAGCUUUGUCAGAUUUAAAAAAAAUUAAUGUCAGUAAAUUCACAGUUGUUAGGCAGUUACUGGAGUGUAUUAUGCUGGGUGUGUGUGCUCAGUCCACUUAUUAAUCUGAACAAAUCUAUAUACAGUGUAUACAUAUAUAUAUUAUAUAUAUUGUGCUUAAUUAAAAGACUGUGGAAAUCUGUUUUAGCAUGUAGUAAUAAUUGUUUUAUAUACU